CAGCAUGGCCGGGGCCGCUGGGCUGAGCGCGCUGCGUCUGGCGAUCCAGCAGACCCACGUCUCCCAGCAGCGUAUAGGUGGGGCAAUGCGGCCAGCGCUUUUCGAUGCGACUGCUGAGGUGUGCCUGCCUGAGGUGUCUCGGCCGUAAACAAUGGGCGCGUGCUGCCUGUGCGUGGUUUCGGGCGUCCAAGCGAGGUUCUUGGGCGUCCGUAGCGCGGGCAGGUGGGCAGCGGUCGAGGGUGCGGAGGCGGUUGCGUCACAGGACUGUGUUGGUGACGCUCUACGGGUGCGCAGAAGGAGCGUGCGGUCUAUGCGCGUCGGCGUGGGUGUCGAUGAUGAGCAGUUCGAAGACCAAAGCCCUGGAAAUUGCCAAGCAGCGCCGUAGCUAGCAGCCCUGCCGCGUUGCCUCGAACACCAAAUCACGA